AUGAAGAAGUUUGAUUUCACGACAGAGAGAUUUGUGAAUCUCCCUCUUCCAAUCCCGAGUUGCUAUCUUGUUGAUGAUGCGGUUCUUUCAGUCGUUGGGGAUGAUGAAAAGCUCUCGGUAUCACACUUUGAUUACAGAUCAUAUGUGAUGAGGAUAUGGGUGAGCAAUAAGGUUGAGGAGGCCAAAGAUCUGUCGUGGAGGAGUGACGUUGUCUUGAAAGUGGAUUUUAAUAAAUUUAUCUGGAAAGUGGAUUUUGAUAUAAUGUAUGUGGAAAGCUUCUUGUUUGACGAGGAGAAUAAAGUGGCAAUAUCUUGUGAUUUAGGAUUAGUGGAAGAUGAAAAAAAGGCCAGAAUCUACAUUGUUGGAGAGGAUAUGUUUAAACAAGUUUAUAAAAGUACUGUCAAGGUAACUCAUCUCGACUGGCCACGUGUCAUCACUUAUGUUCCAAGCUUGGUUCGCAUUCAGGAAAGUACACCUAAAGGGGAAAAGAAACGGAGGUUCGCUCUUACAUGA